AUGAUCCUACCAUCGGUAAUACACCACCCCAUCCGCCCAUCUAGUCUUGAAUCUGAAUCCUUGACAUUUCUAACAUCGGCAAUGUUUUUGCCGGGAACUGCAGAAGAUUCAUACUCAGUCACAAGGACUGUCGACGGGCUUCCAUACUUUUUGUCCAUCACCGAUACGGCCGGCCAGGAAGAAUAUCGCGGACUAUGGACGGCAUCCAAUCUGAAGUCGGACGCCUUCUUGCUUGUCUACGACAUCACCAACGUGUCCAGUUUAGACGCAUUGGACGAAUUCAUGGAGUUGAUCGACCUCGAAGCGGAACAACGACUAGAGGAUAACCAACGCCUAUUGAAGGAGUUAGGGGUUUGUGCACAAGGCCUGGACGUAGGAAUGCCCCCUCCAGUCAAACUUGUAGCUGGAAACAAGUGUGACCUGAAGGAUAGUAGAGCCAUCAGCGCUCGAGAUGGGUUGGAAUAUGCCCGAAAACACGGGUGUGGAUUCAUGGAGACCAGUGCACGGGAGAUGGUCAACAUCGAGGAGACAUUUGCCCUCUUAGUCCGCCGUGUUGUGGAGGCUCGUCGGCUACAUUACCAGAGAGCCAUAGCCACAGCCAAAGCUCCUCAUCCUGUAGGGCAUUCGACUGAGAAAGUUCCUAGGAACAAUACGCAGGAUGCAGUCAAUACCAACUCGGCAAACGAGACGUCUCGACGACUUAACUUUCUCCGUGGAUUUAGGAAAGACGACGAGCGGGCCGAACAGCAGCAGACAAAUGAGGCCUUGGGACAUGAAAAGCCAUUGGAAUCAAUAUCACCUAGUCUGUGGAGGCGCCUGUGUUGCCGUGGGUAG